AGUACCCCCACCACUGGGGCGUCGCUACUAUGCAUAGCACACGCGAUUCACUCUAUAUAACGCACAGGAUCUCAUCUCUCCACUCUCACUAAACCAAAACCUCAACAGUUAUAUUUGGGGAUCAUCAGGGCUUCUUCUUCACCAUGGAUCCUUACAAGUAUCGUCCUUCGAGCGCCUACAACGCUCCGUUCUACACCACAAACGGUGGUGCUCCAGUCUCCAACAACAUCUCCUCCCUCACCAUCGGAGAAAGAGGUCCGGUUCUUCUUGAGGACUACCAUCUGAUCGAGAAGGUAGCCAACUUCACCAGAGAGAGAAUCCCUGAGAGAGUGGUUCAUGCUAGAGGAAUCAGUGCUAAGGGUUUUUUCGAGGUCACGCAUGACAUUUCCAACCUCACUUGUGCUGAUUUCCUCAGGGCCCCCGGUGUUCAAACUCCGGUCAUCGUCCGUUUCUCCACCGUCGUUCACGAGCGUGCCAGCCCUGAAACCAUGAGGGAUAUUCGUGGCUUCGCCGUCAAGUUUUACACCAGAGAGGGGAACUUUGAUCUAGUUGGUAACAACACUCCAGUGUUCUUCAUCCGUGACGGGAUCCAGUUCCCGGAUGUUGUCCAUGCCCUCAAGCCGAACCCGAAAACAAACAUCCAGGAGUACUGGAGGAUACUAGACUACAUGUCCCACUUACCAGAGAGUUUGCUAACAUGGUGCUGGAUGUUUGAUGACGUUGGUAUCCCACAAGACUACAGACACAUGGAAGGGUUCGGUGUCCACACCUACACUCUAGUUUCCAAAUCCGGAAAAGUUCUCUUCGUGAAGUUCCACUGGAAACCAACUUGUGGGAUCAAGAAUCUCACUGAUGAAGAGGCUAAGGUAGUUGGAGGAGCCAACCACAGCCAUGCUACCAAGGAUCUCCAUGAUGCUAUCUCAUCUGGUAACUAUCCUGAGUGGAAGCUUUUCAUCCAGACGAUGGAUCCUGCUGAUGAGGAUAAGUUUGAUUUCGACCCGCUUGAUGUGACCAAGAUCUGGCCUGAGGAUAUCUUGCCUUUGCAACCAGUUGGUCGCUUGGUUCUGAACAGGACCAUUGACAACUUCUUUAAUGAAACUGAGCAGCUUGCUUUCAACCCUGGUCUUGUGGUUCCUGGGAUCUACUACUCGGAUGACAAGCUGCUUCAGUGUAGGAUCUUUGCGUAUGGUGACACUCAGAGACAUCGUCUUGGACCUAACUAUCUCCAGCUACCGGUGAAUGCUCCAAAAUGUGCUCACCACAACAAUCACCAUGAAGGUUUUAUGAACUUCAUGCAUAGAGAUGAGGAGAUCAAUUAUUACCCUUCAAAGUUUGAUCCUGUCCGUUGCGCCGAGAAAGUUCCAAUCCCUAGCAAAUCCUACACUGGAAUAAGAACAAAGUGUGUCAUCAAGAAGGAGAACAACUUCAAGCAGGCUGGAGAUAGGUACAGAUCCUGGGCACCAGACAGGCAAGACAGGUUUGUUAAAAGAUGGGUUGAGAUCCUGUCAGAGCCGCGUCUCACUCAUGAAAUCCGUAGCAUCUGGAUCUCUUAUUGGUCUCAAGCUGAUCGAUCUUUGGGACAGAAACUGGCAAGCCGUCUCAAUGUAAGGCCAAGCAUCUAGAGACCAAUCUACAGAUAUGCUUGUCUCUCAAAGGUACAGUCAUAUGAUAUUCUCAUCGAUCCAUCAUCGCUUGGUCGUUAAAUCCUUCAAAAGAUACUAUUCCAUGUAUGGUUGUUUCGUGUUUGUAUAAUAAUGAUGCUUGUAAUCUUAUAAACCGAUGUUUUACUAUCGCUGUCUUUGUAAUCUCCUUCACAAUAAAUCAAUGUUUCUUGAGUAUUAAGUUAA